GGAAGUAGGGGAGCGCGCGGCAGCCGCUGUUCUGCUGGGAGCGGGCGCGGGAACCCGCGGCGGGGGGCGGAGCUGUAGUCCCCGCGGCGGAAGGAGGAGAGGAAGAAAGGGGCGAGACCCGGUGCCGGGCAGCGGCGCGAGGCUGUCGCUUGGCGCGCGGGCGUCUCCAGCGGGCGCGCGGUGUUCGAGGGUCGGUGUCGGACGCCGAGCCCUCUCCCCGGCAGCCUCUGUCGCUGUUGCUGCUGCCGCCGCCGCCGCUGCUGCUGUUGGUGCUGCUUCUGCUGCCGCCGCUGCCGUGGGGCUCGGGCGGCGACUGAGUGGGGCCGGCCGCGGGGCGGGCGGGGAGGGAGGAGGCGGUGAAGGCGGCGGGCCGGGGGGGAAGAUGCCGCUGGCGCAGCUGGCGGACCCGUGGCAGAAGAUGGCUGUGGAGAGCCCGUCCGACAGCGCGGAGAAUGGACAGCAAAUUAUGGAUGAACCUAUGGGAGAGGAGGAGAUUAAUCCACAAACUGAAGAAGGCAGUAUCAAAGAAAUCGCAAUCACGCAUCAUGUAAAGGAAGGCCAUGAAAAGGCAGAUCCUUCCCAGUUUGAACUUUUAAAAGUAUUAGGGCAGGGAUCAUUUGGAAAGGUUUUCUUAGUCAAAAAAAUCUCAGGCUCUGAUGCUAGACAGCUUUACGCCAUGAAAGUAUUGAAGAAGGCCACACUGAAAGUUCGAGACCGUGUUCGGACAAAAAUGGAGCGUGAUAUCUUGGUAGAAGUUAAUCAUCCUUUCAUUGUCAAGUUGCAUUAUGCUUUUCAAACUGAAGGGAAGUUGUAUCUUAUUUUGGAUUUUCUCAGGGGAGGAGAUUUGUUUACACGCUUAUCCAAAGAGGUGAUGUUCACAGAAGAAGAUGUCAAAUUCUACUUGGCUGAGCUUGCACUUGCUUUAGACCAUCUACAUAGCCUGGGAAUAAUCUAUAGAGACUUAAAACCAGAAAACAUACUUCUUGAUGAAGAAGGUCACAUCAAAUUAACAGAUUUUGGCCUAAGUAAAGAGUCUAUUGACCACGAAAAGAAGGCAUAUUCUUUUUGUGGAACUGUGGAAUAUAUGGCUCCAGAAGUAGUUAAUCGUCGAGGUCAUACUCAGAGUGCGGACUGGUGGUCCUUUGGUGUGUUAAUGUUUGAGAUGCUCACUGGUACACUACCUUUCCAAGGAAAAGAUCGAAAAGAAACAAUGACUAUGAUCCUUAAAGCCAAACUUGGGAUGCCACAGUUUUUGAGUCCUGAAGCCCAGAGUCUUUUACGAAUGCUUUUCAAACGAAAUCCUGCAAACAGAUUAGGCGCAGGACCAGAUGGAGUUGAAGAAAUCAAAAGACAUUUAUUUUUCUCAACAAUAGACUGGAAUAAAUUGUACAGAAGAGAAAUUCAUCCACCUUUUAAACCUGCAACUGGCAGGCCUGAAGAUACAUUCUAUUUUGAUCCUGAGUUUACGGCAAAAACUCCCAAAGAUUCACCUGGCAUUCCACCUAGUGCUAAUGCACAUCAGCUUUUUCGGGGGUUUAGUUUUGUUGCUAUUACCUCAGAUGAUGAGAGCCAAGCUAUGCAGACAGUUGGUGUGCAUUCAAUUGUUCAGCAGUUGCACAGGAACAGUAUUCAGUUCACUGAUGGAUAUGAAGUAAAAGAAGACAUUGGAGUUGGCUCCUACUCAGUUUGCAAGAGAUGUAUACAUAAAGCCACAAACAUGGAGUUUGCAGUGAAGAUAAUUGAUAAAAGCAAGAGAGACCCAACAGAAGAAAUUGAAAUUCUUCUUCGUUAUGGACAGCAUCCAAACAUUAUUACUCUAAAGGAUGUAUAUGAUGAUGGAAAAUAUGUGUAUGUAGUAACAGAACUUAUGAAAGGGGGUGAAUUGCUGGAUAAAAUUCUUAGACAGAAAUUUUUUUCUGAACGAGAGGCCAGCGCUGUCCUGUUUACUAUAACCAAAACUGUUGAAUAUCUUCACGCACAAGGGGUGGUUCACAGAGACUUGAAACCUAGCAACAUUCUUUAUGUGGAUGAGUCUGGCAAUCCAGAGUCUAUUCGAAUUUGUGAUUUUGGCUUUGCCAAACAGCUGAGAGCAGAAAACGGGCUCCUCAUGACUCCUUGUUACACUGCAAAUUUUGUUGCACCAGAGGUUUUAAAACGACAAGGCUAUGAUGCUGCUUGUGAUAUAUGGAGUCUUGGUGUCCUCCUCUAUACAAUGCUCACUGGUUACACUCCAUUUGCAAAUGGCCCUGAUGAUACACCGGAGGAAAUAUUGGCACGCAUAGGCAGCGGCAAAUUCUCACUCAGUGGUGGUUACUGGAAUUCUGUUUCAGACACCGCAAAGGACCUGGUGUCAAAGAUGCUUCAUGUGGACCCUCAUCAGAGACUGACUGCUGCCCUUGUGCUCAGACACCCUUGGAUAGUCCACUGGGACCAACUGCCACAAUACCAACUGAACAGACAGGACGCACCACAUCUGGUCAAGGGUGCCAUGGCAGCUACAUAUUCUGCUUUAAACCGUAAUCAGUCACCAGUUUUGGAACCAGUAGGCCGCUCUACUCUUGCUCAGCGGAGAGGUAUUAAAAAAAUCACCUCCACAGCCCUGUGAAGUGACCUCAGUGAUAUGUUUGGUACCAUGAUGUAAGCUGAUAGCACAAGUUCUGGCGACAGGUAGCACAUAUCUGAGAGACACCUGCAAGCACACACUGUCCCAGCUGGUACCCAUAAUGCUGCUGCUCCUGCUGCUGCUCCCGCUUUCGUCUCUUCUCGCUUUAAUGAUUGUUAGCAAGUUAGAUUUUCCUGGAGCUUUGAUGAAAUGAAAAUGGAAAACGACGAAGAUAUAUUCACUGAAUCAAUAAAAAGAAGAAUGAACAGAUGAAUACCACCUAAAAAUACACUGAAUAAAGUACUCUACACCAUAUAGCAUUAUUUUUAUAGGAAAUACUUCAUGUCCCUUAAAUAUUCUUUGUUAGUGAUAGGGAUGGACAGUUUAUGUUAAGCACUUAGCUUAAUCCGUUUCUAUUAGCACUGUAUUCCUUGUGCCAUCCAACAUUUUGUAUGUUUUUGUAAACAGUUCAUAUACAGUACAUUUCUGUACUGCUUUCUUUAAUGUAUACAUGCCUUGUUUAACUUGGAAUCUAUUAUUAUUAAUCAAUUGACUAUUAAAUCUGGUUAAAUAGUUCACCUGGAUUAACAGUAUUGUUGGACAGCCCUAAAAAUGGCCAGAUUGUGGAACAGCUGUUGAAUGUAAUCCUUCCAAAAUGUACAUAUCUUUCCCCAUGUCUGUUUCACUGGUUUGUUCGUUUGUUUGUUUCUUAAAGUCAGGUGCUCUGUCAGACUAACCUAGACAGCUGUGAUAGUAAAGAACGUUAUAUGUGUAUGGCAUGACAUCAAGAGUACACCUAUGAAGUUAGUCCAUAUACUUUGCAACUCCCUAGGGUUCCUUUUUCUUUAAGUAAGGAAGUAGUUCUUGCACUUUUAAUCUUAAAUAGUAUCCAUACUUAGUAUUGGCAUAUAAUUUGGAAUUUUGCCAAUAUACAUCAACAGCCUUUCAGAGUCAGGGUGAAGAGAUUGGCAAAGGAGAGUGUAGUUAACAGGUCAUUCAAGUUCCAUUGGAUAUUUUUCAUGUUUAGAAUGAUCAAAUUGCAGAAUUUAGCAUAUGAACAACAGGAUACCUGUAUACACCUGUGAGAAAAGUAUGCUUUUUUUUGGAAAAAAGGUAAAUCAUAAUGAGUUCUAUCCCAUUACGAUACUCUAUAUUAAACACUAACCUGAAUGUAAUAAAAGCCACAGGCCUCUAUAUGAAAUUGGGUUUAAACUUUCUUGUUCUAGGGAAUAAAACAUUCUUGAUCAAACAAUACCUGUUCUAACCUGAAAUCAUAGCAAAGGUAGGCUAAGUGAAUGUUCAGCAUUGAGUGUUUUCCGAAUUCCUCCUGAUGAUUAUAGCCAUGUAAUGCUCCCUCUAACUUCAGAAAUGAUCAUUUUUCAUAAUGGUCACUGGGUCUGCCUAGAUUACAGUAGUCAUUAUCUACAUCUAGUUUGGUAGCUUCCAUAAUUUUAUUUGAUUAAAGACAUUUCUGUAUCCAAUAUUACCUGUAUCUUUGCCACGUUACCUAGCAUACAUCAAUAUGUAAUAUGAAAAACAUAGGAGCAAGGAAAAAGUGAUUUAACUUACCUCAUCAAGAAUGUGCCCAAACAGAUCUUUCUUAGUCAUAUACUAAGCCAUUUACAUCGGAAAUCUUUUGUCUUGCCAGAAGCUCUAAACCUUUCCCUGAGAGUACAGAGCCAAGAAAGUGUGAUCUAUCUAAUUAUCUUGGAAGCCACUUGUUAUUUCUUAAUUUCUCCCCUACAUUUAAAGAGAAAGGGAAAAUCUGUAACAUUCCUUUUGCCUAAGUGGCACAAAAUGAUUACUGCAUAGAAAUCAAGUGUAAGUUUAUCUUCUGAAUAAAAAAAUUUAUAAGAGGAGAGAUUUCAGAAGAUAGAGAAAGUUUUUUUAAAUUAUUGAAUAUAUGGAUGCUAACUAUUAAAAGCUGCUUUCCAUUGCCUGGAGAGAAAGCGCCUCUCUCUCUCUCUCUCUCUCUCUCUCUCUNCUCUCUCUCUCUCUCUCUCUCUCUCUCUCUCUCUCUCUCUCUCUCUGUCUGUCUCUCUCUCUCUCUCUGUCUCUCUCUGUCUCUCUGUGUCUCUGUCUAUUCAGUGUUUCAAACCACGGCCAUUCCAAAUUCUUGUGGCUUUUAAGAUGUUAAUGUAACUCUGGGCAUAUAUUUUCAGAUUUUUGACAUGCUAGCCCAUAAUUGCUCAUGUGUACCAUCCAUCAUAGUCUUUAGAAGCAGAAGUAAAUGUGUAAAUUUUUAUAAGUCAUCUAGUCCAACUUUCUCAUAUUGCAUGUGAAGAACCUGUGACCCAAAGCAAAAACUAGAAUUCUUAACUUACCAUUCAGUUUUUUUCCCCCCUCAUAGCACCAUGCUGCCUUCCCUUCAUAUUAUUAUCACCCAGGCAGGAGCUGAGUUGUUCAAAAACUACAUAUUUCUUGGGGCAGUCCUCUACUGGUAUAUGAAGGCCAAGUUUUUUGCUUUCAAAGAUAUUGCCUUCUUUGCCUAGUCCGGCUACCAGUUUUAUUGGAGAAAAGUAAGUUAUAUGUUCAGAAAACUGAAGGCUUUCUGCCUAAAAAGCAGUUCAUGAGCAUAAUUCGUUUUACCUGUGGUUGUGGUGUUCCUAUUGCCUUUGACUUACAGCAGACAAACUUGGCCAACAAUGUGCUCUAAAUGUAGUGUUUGUGCCGGGCUAACCUUUCCAUUCAUUUCUCCAAGUUCAGUUCCUCCUGGCCCCUAUAGUUGCGGUAGUGAGGCCCUUCUCCGGUUAGUGCUGCUGGUUACCAGGGCUGCUCCUAGGAGGUUUAGUUCAGUCUUAAAGAUAUUUCAAUGUGAAAGAAGGAACUAAACUAAAUAUCAGGUCACUUUCACAAACCUCCUCUUAGCUUGUAAUCCAAAACAACCCCCAGAAUGGUAGAUUACAUUUAACAUUGCCAAUCACAUACUGGAAAAUAAGAUUAUACUACCAUGUGUUUUGUAUCUUUCCUUUCAAGUGAUGAUGUUAAAACUAAGGUAAGUUUUUUGUUGUUUUAAUUUUUCAUAUAAAUUAUUUCCGUUCCUUUUAAUUUGUAGAGAUGUCUUCCAUCUACAUGCAAUACACCCUUAACUUGAAUAGAUUUGAUACGGAUUCAUUUAUUCACAAGCAAUCUCCCACAAGUCCAAAAAUGUAGUAUUUUUGACAACGCACAGAGUCGAGAUGCUGUGAGGCUGAUGUGUAGGAAAAGUCACUUAGUGAGUGAGUGGAGAGGGUGUGGUGUGUUUAGGGCAGAGAUUCCACAUUUCACAUGUGGUGGGCUGCAAAGAGCAAGUUUGGGUCAACCAUUUCCCAUCCAUUUUUAAGAAGUGGUUGCUGUUGGGGCCAGGGGACAUCCUGGGAGGUAGGGCUGGCCUGGUAGCUGUGCCUUGCACCCUCUGCCCAGGAAAGAUGUGAAGGGGGAGGGGGUGCAAAGGCUUCAUGAAUAGGCAGAAUGGUUUGGGUAGGCAAGGGGCUAGGGCAGGUCCAGCCUGGGGUGAGAGCAGAAAAGCAUUGAAGAGUUGGGGGCCUUGGUACAGAUGGGCUUAAUCACCAUGGAAGCCAACAAGACACAUCUCAACAUGGCUUUGAUAGUCUCUACUUGCUGGCCUUUAUAAAUGUCCUAAAAUUUUUCCACUUGCUUUACUAUGUUUUAUAGAGAAAAUCCUCUCUUAUGGUAGUAUCGAGCAUUUGAAAUUUAUGAAGGCAUUAGGACAGAUAUCUCAGGAAUGUAAAGGGUCAGAAAAGGUCUGUUUUCUGUGAUAAACAAAUCCAGUGGGUUUCGUGGCUGACCCUUGGUGCUUAAACCAGGAGGUUCCGAUCUAGUCCUAGAGUUCUGUCCCUCUGAAAGGUCCAACUCCAUGUGACCAGCAAACUGGACGCAUACUUUGAGCCUUAUUUAAUUCGCAGAUAAGUUGACUUAACUCGGUAUUUUUAUUUCAAUAAAUGAAAAUAGUCCUCUUUUCACCUCCAGAUCGCUUACAUUUUUCUGGUCUCCCCAAGUGACCACUGGUGGAGACCAAUUAAUGAAGGAAUGAAAUUCGCUUUCUUGGGACUGUGGUAUUCUGCAGAGCCAUGCUUAACCACUUUUUCUAGUGAAGAAUCUACAGAAUGAUAAUGCCUAAAUAUGGACGGCCAAGAAGAAUUUGUAUCUACAGUGUGCUUUAUGUAUUUUUGACACUGCUGUAUUCUGUGUGAUUGAGUGACUUGUAACUGGUUCCAAUGUGACUGAGUGUUCUCAAAGAGUUCUAGUAACUAAGUUGACUUAAUUUUCUUAAGCCUUGUAUUACUAUCAGUCUCACAUUUACCACUCUGAUUCCAGUCUUUUAACUGUUCAUAACGGCAUACCAAGGGUUGGGAUAAGAGCCUACUUCCUACCUCUUAAGGCACUUUCCUCAUUUUGCCAUGUAACCUUGAAGUGCAUGAUAAGCUGUUUAAAUGUCAAUGACUUCUCCCAGAGCAACUAGCAAAGUAUAUGACAUUGAAUAGAGAUUAGUGGAAAGGAAAAUUUAGAGACUGAGUUCAGGGGUGCAAACCUCAAGAAAACCUCUUUAGAGCACAUACCAUUUGAGUACAAUAUAUGUAAACAUGUGAGAAGAGAGUUGCUAUAAUAGUCCUCUAAGUAGAUUAGAUCAAUAUCUAAUGGAAGUGAAAAUCUUUACUCCUAUUAUCACUAUAGUACUGAAUGAACUGUAUACUGAGUUUUUGAAACAAGUAUUUAAAGUAGAACUUUUAAAUACAAAUCAAGGGCAUAAGGAUAAAGGUUUUGGUUUGUGUUUCUCUAAGUGUAGUUUAUCAUCUAAAGCUUUGUGUUUUUUUUUUAUUUUACAAAAGCUUCAAGGUAUUGCCAUUCCUUAGCAUCCUUAAUAAUUAUGGGUGAUGAGUUUUUAAGUCUUAAAAUUAUGUACAUGUGUUAGGUUUAUCUUAACUCUUACCCUAAGAAGGUAUACACCUAAGGGAUGUAAUUAUUUUGCAUUUUUGGCCAUGGGUGGGAAUGGGGUGGGCAUCUACUUAAACAGUUUUUAAAAAAAAUCACAAGUAUUUUUCUACUAUUAUAUAUGAUCUUACUUUAUACUAGUUUCUCUCUAGUAAAGCAUGCCAGAAGCCCAAGGUACCAUAUCAUGAGUUCAUAUGUAUUGUACCUUUUAUUGGUGGUUCAAUCGCAUCAGAUGCUUGGCACUGCUGCCAUAAUUAUGAAAUGCUUGUAAAGGAUUAAAUAUCACUGAAUACUUUAAAUUGUUUUACUUAAGAGUCUAAUCUGGAAGUUUUCAAAUCAUACUAUUAAUGUGUAAUCUAAGCUCUUUCAGAUGUAUCCAUGAAUAAUCCUGGAACAAUAUUGCUUGUAUUCCUGUCACAGAACAGGUUUUGUAAUCUUUAAAAGAAAUGAAAAUUUAUAUAAUAAAGUUUCAAAUAAAUGCA